GGGCCGGGGUCGGUGAGGGCUGGGCCGGGCCGGAGCCGCGUUGAACCGGGGUAGGACUCUGUGGAAUGCUGGAAACACCGGCGAUCCAGCGGAAUAACUACUGCCUUUAUAGACAAACGCUUGGGCGUCGUUUUUACCUUCUCAGCUAUUAACGCCUUGUAAUUUUCUCCACUUUUACUCAAGUUUCUUAACAGGCCGUUAGGGAGAAACUAAAGCGUUCAGAUAGAAAUACAGACUCGGUUUUCAGUGAAAUCCACACGAUUUCAGGUUUUCCUUCAGUAGCUCUGUGCCUCAGAAGCUCAGGAGAAAUAUAAAAAUAGAAGCCCUAAGCAUAUGUUGUUGUGGAAGUUCUUCUCUCUGACAGCAGCUCCCAGUGAUGGUAAUUCAGUGACUGAUAACGACAUCACCUCACAAAUUGGGUCCUGACUACAAGCAGUUAAAGAAAUCAACUUCUUCAGUGUUGUUUUUUUUCAAAGAGACAGCAGAACCCAAAGGGCUUCUUGCAACAUCAUCCGGGUUUGUUUGGUCUGCGCAGCUCAGACGCUGCUGUGGGGCCUUGUUGCUUUACCAGGGUUUUGGCAAAAAAAAAGAAACAUGAACAGCUGGAGUUGGAGCAAGAGGUUAUACAGUUAAUUUGGGUGUUUUCAGGGCUGAUUUCCUGGAGGGGGAAUGAUACAUCCAUCUAGAAGCGAUGCUUCCUGCUUGAGGCAGGAGUGAGGACUGAGCUCCUGGCGCCUCGGUUCUUUUUGGUCCUUUUAUCUUUGGUCCUUUCCUGUCCUCAGGGAAGGAAAAUGGGCAUCUUAGAAAUAAGAGCUGGGGAAUUUUGGGGUACAGAGUAGUGUUGUUAGUACUGGGGCCCUGAGCAACCUGGGCUAUGGAAGGUGUCCCUGCCCAUGCAGGGGUGGAACUGGAUGAGCUUGAAGGUCCCUUCCAACCCAAACCAUUCCAUGAUUUCAUCAUUCCCUGAACAAAUCUGGCCUAAUGGCAUCUGUCAGUUAUUUUUUUCCAAGCAAGGUACUGUUUGACCUCUCAUAGCCAAGUUAUUUUCAGGCAGAAGCUUUUAUCUCCUCAGGUUAGUUUAUUAACUUGCACCGGUGAUAACUUGUUUGUGCUGCAUGAUUCACCUUUCACAUAAGGAAAUAAAUGCACCUGGAUUUUAUCUUAAUGCAAUGUGAUUUUUGGGUGCUAAAUACAUUAAUAUCCACCUGUGCAGGAACCUUGAGGCCUGGCUGGGCCUUUCUCUGGAGUUACUCAAUCACUUUAAACCAUGAAUUCAUCAAAAUUUUCCUUAGCAUUAUUUUUUUGUUAUGAACAACUUUUUGAAUUUGUUGUCAGUGUGUUUCUGCCCAGUAACCUCAGUGAUUUUUCUCCCAGCAAAAAGGACAUUCCUGCAGUUAAUUUCCUCAUCCAUGAAAUCCACUGUCGCAGGAAUAUUGAAAUAUGUCCCUACUGCAGUGACUCCAUCCCAAAGUCUGAGAUGAAGAACCACAUUGAGUCUGAACAUGUGCAGGUGACCUGCAAGUGUAGGAUGAAGAUUGAAAACAGUCUCCUUAAGGAUCACGAGGAGUCAGCGUGUCCCCUGCGCCCCGUGCUGUGCCAGUUCUGUGACAUCCCGCUGGCCUUCAACAAGCUCCAGGAGCACGAGAGCUACUGCGGGGCCAGGACCGAGCCCUGCGGGGACUGCGGCCGGAAUGUCCUGCUGAGGGACCUCAAGGAGCACCCCCGGGUCUGUGGGACAGAGGAGAAACCCCGAGGGAGCGGGACAGCACCAGGAUUUGGGAAUGAGGAGGGAGGUCUGCGAGGUGUGAGGAACCGACUGAGACCAGAGGAUGAGCUGGAGCAGCUGGAGAGAAAUGAAAUCCCUCAUUCCCCACUUCCAGAGGAGUGGAAUGCUGAGUUAGACUACGCGUUGGCUCUCAGCCUGCAAAAUGAGAAUAAUCCUCACCCUAACACUGCAGCUGGAAUUCCCAGGGACUUCUGGGAAUAUGACUACACCAAAGAGCCCGGGUCAGCUGCCCACCUCAGUGAGACACAGCAGUCAAACACCUUCUCCUACGACUCUCCAGGGUCUUUUAGCACCUCAAACCGCAGAAAAAACAUGGAGACCAUCAUGUUGCCCUGUGAGUUCUGUGAGGAGCUCUGCCCUGCCGAGGAGCUGAUCCUUCACCAGACGGGGUGUAACCCAGCAAGUGCCUUUGCCUCGUUCAGUAAGAGAAGCUCUUCUCCAAAUCCAUGGGACUACGAUGGUCUGUGUGCUGUUGGCUCCAACAGCUGGAGGACUCUCCCUUCAUCCCAGCCCCAAGCUGUCCAGGCAGAUGGAAACAUCAUGAUUCCAUGUGAAUUUUGUGGCAUCCAACUGGAAGAGGAGAUUCUCUUCCAUCAUCAGCACCAGUGUGACCUGCGCCCGGCCAGCCCUGCGGCCGCUGCUCCAGCCCCGGAGAGACGGGAAUCACCGGAGCCAGCACGGCGACGGAGCAGGCACCAAGGAGAUGUUUCUCCUCGGCACACAGAAGGCUUUGGGCAGUCAGGGCUGGGCUGCCCUACCCGAGGGACCAAGCUGAGGAAUGACAUGGCCAACGCCAGGAACACACCAUUGUCCUGUUCCCCGGGAGCUGCUGAUGCUCCCAACAUGCAGGGCAAGCCCAGGAAGGGGAAUGGCAGCCAGGGGAGACCAAAGGACAGAGGGACAGGUGAAGCUGCAGGGGGGACAACGCCACGAGCCAGACCUGCUCAGCACUUCCAUGGAGAAACCUUCACCUCCAGCUUCUCCAGAGCUGCUCCAGCCCAGCCAAGCCCCAGUACUGGAGGAAGGAGCCUCAGGCUGCAGGACGGGCGCAUCGGCCUCAGGCGCAGGAGCUCCAAGGCCAAAGCCCAGAGCCCAGGGGCCGGAUCCCCCGAGGAAUGAGCCACCAGCGCUGGAAGACACGGAGCUCUUGGCCCUGUUCCUGUGCUCUGCCCCACUCUAGUCAGAGCACAAGUAAAUUCCCACCUUGGAUUUAAAUUUUUAGGCAGUGACCAUUUUCUAAGUAUCUAUUUUUAAUCUGUGAGAGCAAACUUCAGGUUUUUACGUCUCCGAUUGCCCCCAGCACCCCCAAGGCAGCAAAACCUUGGCCCCACCUGGGUUCUGUGUCCGUGUGGGCUCCUUGUGCAAUCCCAGGACAGGAUUUAUGCCAGGCUGAGCUCCCAGGGUGUGUCCUGCCUUGUCCUGCUCAGGCACAGCAGGUGUCGCCCAGCAGGGAGCAGUUGGAUGGACCUGACUCACACGGAGCAGGACCGAGGGUCAAAGGUCAAAAGCUUCUCGCAUUAUCCCAGUUUUGUAAAUUCCUUGGAAUAAAGUUUAUCUGAUGCUGUCUCAAAA